AUGGGGCCUAUGUUGACACUUCAGCAUUUAACAGAGUUAUUAACGGUUUGUGUAACGGAGGAGAAAAUUUGUAGGUUUUCCCUGACUUUGAGUAUGUACUUUUUCCAACCAUUUGAUCUCAGUUUGUGCAACAAUCCACAUCUAUCUCGGCAUGGUUCUUGCAAAUUAAAGAAGAAGCACAAUUUCAUUAUUCCCAUAGUAGUGCCAACCGCUGGAAUUUCCAUCCUCUUGUUAGUUGCAGUAGCUAUCUGGUGGUGGAGCCUCAAAAGGAAUAGGCAUGAGGGAGGAGAUGUCAUAGAUGAAAAAGCAAGCCCUCAAUACGGGUCAUUAGAAUCAACAAAGCGACAGUUUACAUAUUCUGAGAUAAUAAAGAUGACCAACAACUUUGAGAGGGUUCUUGGCAAAGGUGGAUUUGGAACCGUUUAUCAUGGCUACAUGGAACAUACUCAAGUGGCUAUAAAGAUGCUUUCAGCAUCAUCUGUUCAAGGGUUCCAACAAUUUCAUGCAGAGGUUAAUCUUCUUAUGAGAGUUCAUCAUAAAAACUUGACAGGCCUUGUUGGAUAUUGCAAAGACGAAACCAACGUAGGGCUUGUCUAUGAGUAUAUGGCCAAUGGAAACUUAUUGAACCAUCUUUCAGAUAGCAGAUCACGUAUCUUGAUUUGGGACGAUAGACUUCGAAUAGCAACAGAUAUUGCACAAGGAUUGGAGUAUCUGCAUUGUGGUUGUAAGCCGCCUAUAAUGCACAGAGAUGUGAAAUCAACAAACAUCUUGCUGAAUGAAAAUUUCCAAGCCAAAAUAUCUGAUUUUGGCCUGUCUAGAAAUUUCCCUACUAAUGAUGGAACUCAUGCAUCCAGCCUUCUUGCUGGCACUCCUGGCUACCUUGAUCCUGAGUUCUACCUAUCAAACAGGUUAAAUGAGAAAAGUGACGUUUAUAGCUUUGGGGUUGUGCUGUUGGAGAUUAUCACAAGCAGACCUGUUUUAACGAGGACGCAUGAGAGAAUUCACAUAAGUCAAUGGGUUGGUUUCAUACUUGCAAAUGGAGACAUUAACAACAUCGUCGAUCCAAGGUUAGAGGGAGAUUUCAAUACCAACUCCGUCUGGAAAGCUGUGGAAAUAGCAAUGGCUUGUGUAUCCAUAAAUGCCAUCAAGAGGCCAAGCAUGAGCCAAGUAGUGGUGGAUUUGAGGGAGUGUUUGGCAACAGAAUGUGCUCGAACAAAUCAUAGCCGUGUAGCUGAAUUGGAUAAUUCCAAUGCGUUAAUGGUUGACAAUUCGAUCGUUAGGCUAACUCCCUCCGUGAGGUAGUACUGGUACGAGUACAUGAUGCUUCUGCUUGAGUUCCAUUAUGCCUUUGUAGCUAAUCAUGAAAAAAAGCAUGAAUUCGGGCUCUUGUUUUGGCUCUGUUCUAGACUUCUAGUAUUGAUAUAAGUUCUUCAUAUCGCAGAAGUCAGGCUUCAUCUUCCAAGUUUGUAAUCUUCCAUAUUUCUUGGAUGUUGCUCAAGUGCAUGAAUUAGGCUUCUUGUUUGAUCUAUGUUCUUGUAUUAACUUAAGGUCAUAUUACCAUAAAUAUUAGGCCCCGUCUCCAAAGUUUUCAAUUUUCUUGCGUAUUGUUAUGUUUA